CGUAUUCCCAUAAGUCCAGCUCGAGAGAACAAAUCACAAAACAGAAGCUUAGUAAAUUAGAACGGAGAAAUACAGAAAGAUGGAUAAGUUGGGAAGUUUGAAGCACCUGUUUGUGACGGUAUUUAUGUCGCAGUUGGCGACGUUCCUGGUAACUCCGGCCAUGCCUGAUGUAACAAUGAUGGCACUGUGCCCUGGUCAAGACCAGUGUUCUCUCGCCAUUUACCUCUCUGGUUUCCAACAAGCGAUGAUAGGAAUUGGUUUAGUGUUAAUGAUGCCAAUAAUUGGGAAUUUGUCUGAUAUCUAUGGAAGGAAAGCUAUGCUCACAAUCCCCGUUACUCUGUCCAUCAUUCCCCCAGUCAUAUUGGCAUAUAGGAGGACCAAGAACUUUUACUAUGUGUAUUAUGUGCUCCGGACGCUCACUGGCAUGAUAUGUGAUGGUGGUAUUCAGUGUGUGGCCCUUGCUUAUGUGGCAGACAAUAUGUCACGAGCAAAGCGUGCCUCUGCUAUUGGAAUUUUGGCUGGUGUUGGAUCUGCUGCAUUUGUCUGUGGAACUUUAACUGAUCACUUUCUCUCCACUUCUCAGAUAUUUCUGGUAGCAGCAAUUGCAUCAACAGUUGCUGCUGUAUACAUGCAAAUUUUUUUAGAGGAUACAGCUUGCUUUGAAGAUUCUAUUGAGCAGCCAAUUUUGAAAAGUGAAAUGGAAAAUGAUGAAUUGGAUUGCGAGACAGCAAAGAAUGUAAAGGUGUUCAAGAAAGUUCCAUCCCUGAAGGAUAUUAUUUGCUUUCUUAAGAAGAGUGCUACUUUUUCACUUGCAGCAUCUGUUGCUUUCUUGAAUAGUCUUGCAGAAGGUGGAGAACAAGCUCCAUUUCAGUACUUCUUAAAGGCUCGAUUUCACUUCAAGAAAGAUAACUUUGCUGAUGUGAUGCUUAUAGCCAACAUUUGCUCUGCAAGUUCUCAGUUGCUCCUCAUGCCUAUGUUGGCUCCUCUUGUAGGAGAGGAGGUUCUGCUAUGCUUAGGACUGACUGCUGGAUUUACAAACCUGCUUAUUGACAGUAUAGCACGGUCAAUUUGGAUCCCUUAUACUGCUGCAUUGCUGCCUAUUUUCACCUCCCUUGUGAAACCCUCUCUUCAAAGCAUUGUCUCAAAACAAAUUGGGCCUAAUGAACAGGGAAUUGCUCAAGGUUGUAUUUCAAGUAUAAGUUCCGUAGCUAAUAUUCUCUCCCCCUUAAUGUAUAGUCCUCUAACAGCCUUGUUCCUUUCAGAGAAAGCUCCUUUUCCAUACCCUGGCUUUAGCAUCCUGUGCAUUGGCCUUGCUUGGUUGAUAGCCAUUAUUCCCAGUGCAAUGAUAAAGACAAUUCCUCUCAUCUCAAGACAGUAACAACAGCAGUAGAAUAUAACUUUUGUGUGGGAUGAAAAGCCAAAGAUGAGAACCCUAUUAGAACAUCCCAUAGGCUGACAAUUUUGCAAGAAGAUAUUUUGCCACUUCUUGCAGAAUCACUUGGAAUGCGCUUUCUCUCAUUGUAGUGUAACUGAACACACGUUCCUCUUUAGUGAAUAUUGUUUUCGUCAACUAUAUAUUUUUUUUA